AUGGGAGACGUCGCCGUGGAAAACCCGGCAAAUAGCGUCACGCCUCUCCCCAAGCCGGCCCUGGACGCCCUUGGAGCCUUGGACUCCUUGGAGGGAACAGGCGCUGAUGGAAAUGAUGAAUACGCUACUCUGAAGCGAUUACAGAGACAUCUAGAAUAUAUUCAACUGCAGGAGGAAUACAUCAAGGAUGAGCAGAGGAGCCUGAAGAGGGAGCUUGUUCGGGCACAGGAGGAGAUCAAACGGAUACAGAGUGUGCCACUGGUGAUCGGACAAUUCAUGGAAGCUAUCGACCAGAACACGGGUAUCGUACAGAGCUCAACCGGGUCCAAUUACGUCGUUCGUAUCCUGUCCACACUCGACCGCGAGAAGCUGAAGCCAUCAUCCUCGGUCGCCCUCCACCGACACUCCAAUGCGUUGGUUGAUAUUCUCCCCCCAGAGGCCGACUCCUCAAUUGCCAUGCUUGGUGAGAAUGAGAAGCCUGAUGUGACAUACGCCGAUGUUGGUGGUUUGGACAUGCAGAAGCAGGAGAUCCGGGAAGCUGUCGAGCUGCCGUUGACGCACUUCGAUCUUUACAAACAAAUUGGUAUUGACCCUCCCCGUGGUGUCUUGCUCUACGGCCCUCCCGGUACCGGUAAGACCAUGCUUGUCAAAGCAGUGGCGAACAGCACAACCGCCAGCUUCAUCCGUGUGAACGGAUCAGAAUUCGUACAAAAGUACCUGGGAGAAGGUCCUCGUAUGGUCCGCGAUGUUUUCCGAAUGGCGCGCGAGAACUCUCCCGCCAUCAUUUUCAUUGAUGAAAUCGAUGCUAUCGCUACCAAACGUUUCGACGCCCAGACCGGCGCUGACCGUGAAGUCCAACGUAUUCUGCUCGAGUUGCUGAACCAAAUGGACGGUUUCGAGCAGAGCAGCAAUGUCAAGGUUAUCAUGGCCACCAAUCGAGCUGACACUCUGGAUCCCGCUUUGCUGCGUCCAGGUCGUCUCGAUCGUAAGAUCGAGUUUCCUAACCUGCGUGACCGACGUGAACGCCGACUAAUUUUCUCUACUAUUGCGUCGAAAAUGUCUCUGUCCCCGGAGGUGGAUCUGGAUUCCUUGAUUGUACGCAACGAACCCUUGUCAGGUGCCGUGAUUGCAGCUAUCAUGCAAGAGGCCGGUCUUCGAGCGGUUCGCAAGAACCGGUACAACAUCAUCCAGUCCGACCUUGAGGAUGCUUAUUCCGCCCAGGUGAAGAGUGGCCACGAUGACGAUCGACCUGACUUCUACCGAUAA